AGUUAAAAUGCAAGGAAUAAAUGAAUACCAAAUGGAAGCAAAUUAUAUUACUUUUUAUUGGUAAAAGAGUAAUACAAAUGUAUGAAAUAGCGGCCAUUAACAUAGAGGUUAAGUUAAUAUUUAUAUUGAUAAAACCUAAAUUUCCAUAGCUAUUCUUAUUUAUCUACAUCAACCAUACUUAAUAUGCUAGAAAACACAACAAAUGUACACCGCUUAAUCCUAACCAACCAGAUCGUUCAGUUUCUAUUCUUUAAGUGGGUCACGGGGAAACCCUCACUUCAUAUACGGUCACAAGAUUAAUAAGUUUAUCUGCAUUUAAGUGGGAGGUGAAGCAUCUUAAAAACAACUGCGAUGUCAUAUCGUUUGUGUCCCUCGUCUCAUCGGUCACAUUAAAGGGUUGUUAGUUAUAUAGAAGACACCGCCAACUGUUUGGAGCGACCCUCUCCAUCGGAUUUUGUUAUGGAUACCCCGACGAUAUCUAAACCGGAGGAUAUACUCGACCAAUGGAACAACCGGGUGGCCAGAGUGUUGCUUCCAAACACCAUCAUGCUCUUUUUGUAUAUUGUGUUUGGUCUUCUUGGCAAUACAGCGGUCAUUUACAUCUAUAAGUUCAGAUUUCGAAAGCCAUCCGGUGAUAGAUUCUUCAUUCCCUAUCUGGCAUUUAUAGACUCCAUGGCUUGUGUUAUUUGUUCUUCCGCUAAUCUUAUCAUUAAUUUUAACCCGGUUAGCUACACAGAUGCGUUACUGUGUAAAGCUUUCUUCAUGUUGAGCCAGUUCGCUGGAUCUUCCUCGGCACUAAUGCUGACAAUUAUUGCCGUACAACGAUUUCAAAGAAUCUGUCAACCUUUUAAACCUAAAAUGACUUUGAGAACUAAAAGAUUAAGUGUAUUGUUUACACUGAUAUCUGUGCUUCUGGCGUCAACUCCAAGUGUGUUCACAACUGGGAUAGCACCAAUAACGGACCCACGUUUAAAUGUAACUGGAUAUGUGUGUGCCUCUGUAGAAGUAAUGGGAUCCCGUUUGUUCCCGUUUGUGUACAAUCUGUUGGUCCUGACGGUCUGUGUUGGUAAUCUUUUAGUAUUGUGUACUCUGUACGUCAUGAUUGGUAAGACCAUAUAUGGGCGUGUCAAAUACAGGAAAGGAGUGAAAGCGACAGCAGUGUGUGAAUCGUCUUCCUCCGACGUUAUUAGUGAGGGUUAUACCAGAAAAUCAUCAACCGUUUCAGAGACGCCUAACUCAGUCACACCAAGUGUGUCUCGCCGAAAGUCUUCUAGGAAGAUGAAGAUGGCAGGCAACAGACUAUCGCUCAUGUUUCUCGUUAUAACUAUGGUGUAUGUUGUGUGCUUUGUCCCUACAUUAACAGCGAUAGUCUGGGACUCUCUGGAUAGAAACGUCUGGCUGACCAAAUCUAACUCGGAGGUCGUCGGCUUCCGUAGUGCGUACUCCUUAUAUAUUAUAAACAACAUUGUGAACCCCAUAAUAUAUGGAUUCUUUGACAAAACAUUUCGUAAGGAAAUGUUCGCAUGGAUGUCUGAAAUUUGUUAAAAUCAUUGCUGUAUUGAAAAAUAGUUCAGAAAAAACUUUAAAAGAGUAACAUAACUUGUUUACAUGCUUAUUUUCUGCCGUUUAUUUUUUUUCAACGUGCUUGCUGUUAUUGUUAAUGCUGUGAUGAUAUUGUUAUCAUGAGAAAUUGCUGGACCAAUUUUAUUGGAGUUCUACGUUUCCAUACCGGGAGACAUUUCACAAGAGCCACUAGUUAAGUUUAAUAGUAAACUAUUAUAUUUAUUUG